GUCAUUCGUUUUAACCUUCGCCUCGUCCCGGCAGCGCGUCCCGACAGCGUCUACACACAUCCGAGCCGGCCUUCCCUCUCCAAGCUUUCGAAAGGACCAGCAAUCGCCACCGGCUGCCGUCACAACGUGGUAUGGGUGAUUGCAGUGACUUAUAAGCCUGCUGGGUCAUCGCAUCUUCGUCUCCAAUGGCGGAAAUAGGAAACAGAGGGCAGGCGUUGUCCAUUGAGAAGCACGACCUCAAGGAUCAAGCCCGGAAAUACUACUGGAAGGUGAACAACUCUUCAGCAGACACGAAAAUGUUGCUGUAUACAAGACUUGCGCCCCCUAAACAGCCCAAGAGGCGAUCAAGAGGCGGCUGUACAUUUUGUAAGGAAAAGAAGAAGAAAUGCGACGAGAAGCGGCCAAAAUGCAGCCGCUGCGAUGAACAGGGCUCUGAGUGCGCCUACGAAGCCGUAAAACCGCGCCAGCGAAGGCGUCGUGACUCGGCGGCGCCUGGAAGCCCUUCUGGCCUGCAUUUGAUGACCCGAAGAUUGUCGCAAGCCAGCCACUACAGCCACGAGUCGGACUUUUAUGGACACGAUGAUGGGGCUUUUGGAAGCAUAUUCGCAUACUCCCUCGAUGACCCCGUCAUCGUGAGCCCAUCAGACAGCACUUUCGAGGGCUACUCUUUGUCCUCCCUCGCACCGAGCAAAUAUCUGGACGGCCACAGGGAAGAUGCCCCGGAUGACAGUCAAGCCACUACUAGCACUGCGGUGGUCCCAAGGUCGAAGUCCUUGCACCCAGACUUGGCCAUGAUCGCACCCUGCCCCGUCGCCUCUCCGCUCCGAGAGUUCUUCUCGCCAACCUUCUCGGAAUUCUCGGACAAGCAAAAUCGACGGGCACUCGUGGACCACUUUUGCAACGUCCUAUCGCAUCUGAUCGUCUUCCGCGAGGAGUCGGGCAACCCCUUCCAGCAGCUGGUGUUGCCACUUACCCGCGGGAACUCCCCAGUAACGUACGCCAUCUUUGCACUAGCCUGCGCGCACCUGGAAUAUCGGGGCGUGGAGAAUGCAGAAAAAUCGCUCUAUUUUCACAAUAUGGCCAUCCGGGGCGUUGCGGAGUUGAUUCAUCACAGCAGUGAGGUCAGCAGAAACGAGAUAUUGGCAGCUAUCAUGCUGCUAGUGUACUACGAAUGCCUUGUCCAAAAAGGCCAGUCCAACAUCGUAGCUGGCCACCUCAAAGGGGCGCUCACCAUAAUGGGUACCGCCGCGGACCCGGCAGAUUCGACGAGCAUCUUCUUAGAGCGCGCAUUUCGCUUCUACGACGUGAUCACGGCACUCUCCAACGGCACACCGCCGCUCUCAGCAACGCCCACGCCCGGAUGUCUCCAACCGCUCCCUCCACUUGGCGCACCCUCCCUCUCGCCGCUAUGCAAUGUGGACACGCUCCUCGGCAUGGCCACGACCCUGUGGCCCAUUAUUCACCGCCUCGCCGGCCUACGGGCCCUCAAAACCGAGCUCGAAAAUGCCGUCCACACAAACGGGAAUCCCUCAAAAACCGCCGUUCUUCGCACCGAGUUUGAGUCCACGGCCCAAGCCAUCGAAACGGCCCUCCUCCAAUGGCAGCCCCAGCUCCCGCCCGACUUUAUGCCCGACCCCGAGCCGGACGCCGACGCCGACACCGAGACCACCGCCGGUACCACCACAGACACCACAGUACCAACGACAGAAGUACCAACGAUAGCAGCGAUAGAUCCCCACCUCGCUCCGCAUCCCUCCCCCCACCCCGGACCCGCCGACGCCGACGCCGACGCCGAAGCCGAGACCGAGGCCGAGACCGACGAUAUCAACGAUGCCGACGUCCCCACCUCCAACGCCAGCAACAACACCACCACCGACAACACCAGCAGCAACCCCAACAACAACAACGACCCCAACAACAGCACGGCCUCCGCCCAAGACCAAUCACGCAUCUCCUCCAUCCACCACAACGCCCUCGCCUACCGGCACGCGGCGCUCGUCUACCUGUACCGCACGGUCCUCUCGCACCCGCGCACCCACCCCUCAGUACAAACACACGCCCACCUCGCCCUGUCGCACUGCGUCUCGACCGUCUGCCACCGCGGGCCCAUGUCGGCGCUCCUCUGGCCGCUGUUCGUGCCCGCCUGCGAGGCCGUCACGCCCCGUGACCGCGCCCUCGCCGAGCGCGCUUUUGUCGAGAUCGAUCGGCGCCAGGGGAUGCGGAAUAUUGAGCGGGCGAGGGGGAUUUUGGGGGAGGUUUGGCGGCGGGCGGAUGGGGAGAUGGAUGGUGCUGCUGUCGGUGGUGGUGGUGAGGGGGGUGGGGAUGGAGGGGUUGGUGCUGCUGAUGUGGGUGGCGGGGAGAGUGGGGAGGAGUUGUGGAGGCGGGUGUGUCGGGAGAUGGGGGUUAGCAUCGUUUUUGGGUGAGGUGUACACAAUGAUGGAUGGAAGGGGGGUUGUUUUGGGGGACUGUGGGCACGGCUGGGCGGUUGUGCGUUGGUGGUAUCGCGAUGGCUCCCGAGAAUACGAAUGUCGACGCCAGUGGAGAAAUGUCAGGGAACGGGCGUCAGGUAAACAAGAUACAAAAUGUGUUUUCGGCCGGGGUAAUGGGAUUGGUAUGAGGGUUGAUAGUAUGAGGGUUG